GAGAAGUUUGCUUUGACCCUCAUUUAUAUACAGUGUGGGAGGGUCACUCAAGUCGCACAGAAACUGAUAGGGUAUAAAAAUAUCAGCCAGGACCGGCAAAACCCUCUCUCUGCGCCCUUCUCAGGAGUCCUCCAUUCCGUGUCCGGCUGAUUAGGGUUUUAGCAGUCAAUCGAAUCAAUCCGCUGAAGCUGUAUGGCUGGUGCAGGAAUCCAUCCAUACCAUCAGCAAUGGCCACCGGCUCCUGCUCCUCCUCCGCCGCCUCCUGCUGCCGCCACCGUCCCUCCGCCUCCCCAUCUUCAACCCCCUCCCAUCCUCGUCGAUAACCCUAACCGCCCCACUACCGACGAGGUGAGGACUAUCUUCAUAACGGGCCUGCCGGAGGACGUGAAGGAGAGGGAGCUGCAGAAUCUGCUGAGAUGGUUGCCUGGUUACGAGGCUUCGCAGGUCAACUUCAAAGGAGAACAUCCCAUGGGCUUUGCUCUCUUUUCGGGUGCUCAGUUUGCCAUUGCUGCCAAAGACGCCCUUCAGGACAUGGUCUUCGAUGCAGAAUCAAAAUCGGUGCUGCGUACAGAGAUGGCUAAGAAAAAUCUGUUUGUAAAAAGAGGAAUUGUAGCGGAUUCAAGCCCUUACGAUCAAAGCAAACGCAUGCGAACUGGCGGUGAUUAUACACACGCUGGUUAUUCAAGCCCAUCUCCUUUCCACCCCCCUCCUGCACCUGUUUGGGGACCGCAUGGGUAUAUGGCUCCAGCUCCUCCUCCAUAUGGAUCAUAUGGAGGUUAUCCUGUUCCUCCAGUACCAAUGGCUGCUCCUCCAGUUCCUGUUCCGGCACCUAGCAGUUAUGUACCAGUUCAGAAUACAAAAGAUAACCCUCCUUGCAAUACCCUUUUUAUUGGAAAUCUUGGGGAGAGCAUAAAUGAGGAAGAACUGAAGGGUCUUUUCAGCGCACAACCUGGAUACAAACAAAUGAAGGUCUUGAGACAGGAAAGGCAUACAGUUUGUUUUAUAGAGUUUGAAGAUGUGCAUAGUGCCACCAAUGUGCACCAUAGUUUGCAAGGUGCCGUUAUCCCUAGUUCUGGUUCUGUUGGGAUGCGAAUACAAUAUUCAAAGAAUCCAUUUGGUAAAAGGAAGGAUGCCAGUCACCCUGCUGCUGCCCCGGGCACCAAUGGAUCACCAUUACUUUCAACCUACCAGUAGCUGGAAGGGGACGUACUCUGUUCUUUAUGCUCCAAGAAUACAUGUUAGGAUGCAUCAUGCAGCUGUUGCAUGCAUCCAUUCCAUUAUCAAGUCAUCAGCAUUAGCAUCUCUUCUCAUGUGAAUGAAUGCACAUAGUGGUAUAAUGAACAUACCAUUGAGCCAUGUUAUGCUCAUCUAUCUAUGACAUGCAUUUGCUGGCCAGCAUCAGAGACUGCCUGUUUAAUUAAGUAGGGUCGCAAGAGUUUGCUCCAUUUUAUAGAAACAGUGCAUGGGCUUACAGUUCUGUUGGAUUUGUGUGCUUUCCCUCAUCUUGAUCAUUAUGUUCUGUCGAAAUUAGAAAGGCUUCUUUAAAUUAACAUCUUAUCAUCCCCCGCCCCCCAUACAUUACAUUUCAUUACAUAAUGUGUCAUCCAGUGGGGCCUUUCCUACUUGCCAGAGAGAGGGGGAGUGGGGCAUGACAUGUUACUCAAAGGUGAAUCUUUAUUACCAUUGCCAUUGACACCAUCAUAGAGGGAUGGGGAUGGGGCAUAUGACAUGUCAUUCAGAGAUGAACCUUUCUAUCAUUUCAUGGCACGAGUUAGUUACAAUAAGAAAUAGAAACUUAUACUAUUGAUCAUGAUUUAUAUUACCAUUGCCAUUGACACCAUCAUACUCAUUAGACAUGUCAAUCCAAAGGUGAAGGUAUUAUUUUAUGGCACAAGUUAGUUACGACAAUAUAUAGAAACUCAAGGCUAUCAAUCAUGAUUUAUAUUGCCAUUGCCAUCACCGCCAUCAUAAUUAGCCUUGCUCAUCAGUUGAAUCCAUUCAUCCCUCCAUCAGUUGAGCCAUGAACUGAUAAUGAUGCUUUAAUAUUCAGGCUCUUCAAAGCAUAAUAAUCUGAAGAACAUUGAAAAAUAUUUGCUGCUCUGACUUACAUGCAGAAUAUUCAGUACAAAAUGACAAGCUUCUGUUCGUUUUGAGGAGCUCAAGGGCUGCCACUGCUUUUCAUUUCAGGUAAUUUUGUUCUGACUAGGCAAUGGUUAAUGGUUGGCAUCCCCACCUAUGGUUAUUAAAUUCCUUUUUUAGAGGGUUACAUUAGUUAAAUUUCAACUGAAGCUGGCUUAGGAUUAGUAGGGAGUGAAUUUACUUUUUGAGGAGCCUCAUGAAUUUUGGAGCUCUUGGGUCCUUGUCUGCGGUUGUCUCGCAAUUAAAUAGAUUUGUAACUGAAAGGAAUUCUAGGGUGAGAAAAAAAUACUAUUAGUUCAAUUAAGGAUUUUUUAUUUUUGAAACUAUUGUUACAGCCUCAUUUGGGUGUUAUAAAGACAACCCUCUUUCGUGGUUUUUGUUUA